CACUCUCCAGGUCCCAAAGUGGCCGCAGAGACUCUGAGACUCGGACUAAAGUGGCAAGAUGAGCGUCCCGUGUCCGCUCCUGUCUGCCCUCUUCCUGGCACUCUACCUGCUUCAGACCACCAAUGGAGCAUCUUAUUUCGGGGACAGCUACUGUCGCGUUGAUGCCGUUCAAGACCUGUCAAGUUUUCAAGUGUCGCUCCAAUUUAAAACUGGAAGACGCAGCGGCCUACUCCUGCUGGCAGCGGGACACAAAGAUUACCUUUCUCUGGAGCUCAGCAAUGGCAGAUUACAGGCUAGGAUUGACAUGGGAUCCGGAGAAAAGGUUCUGGCCUCCUCUAUGGGUCUCCAACUCAGUAACCUUCUUGACCAUCAUGUGUCUCUCCUUCUGAAAGAUGGCAAGCUUACUAUGGCUGUGGACAACCUGUACACAACCUUCAUCCAACUAGAGAAUGCAGAUGAGGACCUGAACAUUGACCAGGGAGUGUUUCUUGGAGGAGUGAAAGAUCUGGAAGUUGAGUACCUGAGCACGGCUGUUCCCUCCCUGCGUGGCUGCAUGAGCAACGUUAUGUUUGAGUCUCAUGACUUUGAUAUUCUGUCCUUAGCCAAUACAGUCUGCUAUGACACCAAAGAGACAUGCAGCAGUGAAUUUGAGGCUGGAGAUGGAGACUCUGUAAGCUUCAUAAGCCCAGACUCAUUCAUCUCUUUCCCUACAUGGACAAGACCAAACAUUGGAGCCCGUAGCCUGGAGAUGUUAAUCAAGACAACUAUUGAGGAUGCACUGUUGCUCUUUCAUCCAGGACACCAAACAGACUUCAUUGCAAUAGGAAUGAUGGGAGGUUUCCUGAAAGGCAUUAUUGAUCUGGGAGAUGGGAUGUAUAUGCUGGACAAUGUGGAAGUAAAAAUCGACGAUGAUCAAUGGCACAGAGUAAAAGUUCAGAUUCAAAGCAAUGAAUUCCUGAUAGCUGUGGAUAGUCAACCGGUUUCACUUCGUCUUAAUGAGACUGAAGGACAACUGGACCUAGUUGGGAAUCUGUACCUAGGAGGUAUUCAGAAGAAGAUGAAGGAUGUGUUUCAAGAUAAUUAUCUGAUUCGUGUUGAGGAAGAGAUCACAACAGAGUCCUUCAUCGGAUGUUUAGGAGAAAUUAUGGUGAAUCAGAAAGGAAGAAGCCUCCAGGAUGCUCUGAUAACUAAAGACAUUCAUGUGAAAUGUGAAGGGGAGUAUGAUUACUCAGCGUAUGAAGAGGAAUUGGAGCCUACACCUACGCCUCCAGUAAGAAUCUCAUACAUUGAUUUAAAUGCUGACGAAAGGCAUUGUUUUCCAACAGAAGAUUUUCCAGAGAUGUUUCGCAACGUAUCCAAACUCUUGGACAUCACUCCUCUUCUGGUUCCUGAAGGAGGAGAAGCUUUUGUUGAUAUAGUAAACCUAAACCCAACAUUUGACCUAAAUGCUGCAGGUGUUCGUCAGUCUCAGAUCAUCUUUACUCUGCUAAGUGACCCAUGGUAUGGAGUGCUUAGUACAAACUCAAGAGAUGGCAAAAAGUUUACCCUUCUGGAUGUUGUCAAUAAGAAAAUCAAGUAUUCCCAUCAUGGCAAUGAAAAGUAUGGAGAUGAAAUGAGGCUGGAGGUGAUUGCACAUGGUACAAAUCUCCCUGAUUGCUUGAGUGUUGCUCGACAAUUUGUGCUCCCUGUAGAGAUCCUCCCUGUCAAUGACAUCCCUCAGCUAAGUGCAGGUGACAUUUCAGUCACUGCUAAUGGGCGCACACGAUUGAGCCCAAACCUUAUUAAAAUCACAGACUCAGAUAAUCGAUGUGAUGACAUCAAGGUGACAGUCAUGUCAAGCCCUACUCCUGUUGGAUAUCUGGAGAAUGCUCAGCAUCCAGGAUUUGGUCUUCGAGAGUUUACCUGUAGACAGCUGAAAGAAGGAAUCAUUUACUAUGUCCACAAGGGAGGAGAAGUGACAGGACUUACUCUGCAGGUCUCCAAUGGAGAUUUGGUUAGCCAAUCAAGCACAUUUAAGUUGCUCAUCACCCAGCCCCAGAUGACUCUGGUCACAAAUACCGGCCUUGUGAUCAAUCAGGAUAGCAGUGCCCCUAUUGGAAUACAAAAUUUGGCCAUUUCCUCAACUCCAAAAACAGGAGAUGUUGUAUAUGAAAUCACUCAGCCACUUCAGUUUGGAGAACUGCAGUUGAUCUCAGACAGUGGGCUUGCAAAAAGAGUCAUGCAAUUUCAUCAGUCUGAUCUAGAGCAGAACCGAUUGAAAUACAUUCCCAACUUCACAGCCAAUCACAACAGCAUGGAGUCCGAGGUAAUUCACUUCAAUGCACAGCUUGGACAGGUUGUUCUUUCAGACAACACAUUUACAAUUCAGAUCAUGCCUGCUCUUGUAGGAAUAUCAAAAAUGGCUCCGUUGGAAGUUAAUGGGGGACAGCAACAAGUCAUUAAGCCCGAUCAAUUGCAAGCUUUUGUGAAGAUAGGCCAUAGUGAUUCAAGAACAGUCCAGUAUGCAAUUCUGAAACGUCCUGUACGGGGAGUCUUGUUAAUGCUUGAUAAAGAGUUGUCUGAUGGUGAUACCUUCACUCAACAAGAUAUUUCGGAUGGUUUCAUCAGCUACAGUCCUCGUGUGCGCAGGGCGGUUGACUUUGAGGACCAGUUCCAGUUCAAAGUGUUCGCAGAAGAUCAGUACUCCAGAGAAUACACCUUUCCAAUUAAAAUCAAGGCUGAUUCUAAUGCUCCUCUCCUAACCAAUGAGAGACUUGUUGUGCUGGAAGGAAAUGAAAACAUCAUAAAUAAAGAAUAUCUCUGGCUUCAAACCUCCACCUCAACAGACUUCGUGUACAGAAUUAAACAAGAUCCCAAACACGGUCGUCUUAUCAGAGAUUCUCCACCCGGUGUACAAAGGUUCGAAGGUGCAGUUCGGGUCUUUAGCAAUGAGGAUCUUUCUUUGAACAGGCUGAUUUACAAACAUGAUGGAUCGAAAACAAAACAUGACCAGUUUACCUUCCUGGCAUUUGAUUCAAGAGGUGGGAAUGGUGGACAAGAUGAGAGUCAUGCGUUGCUUACGGGAGUGUUUAACAUUGCAAUACAGUCCAAGAAUGACCACGUGCCUCAAAGGGUAAUACAAAAACCGUUUAACGUUGUCAGAAAUGGUCAGCGUUUAUUGACCACUGAUGACAUUCUUUUCAAAGACGAUGACUCUGACUUUAAUGAUACGCAGCUGGUUUAUGUGAGAGUGGGAAUUCUUUCAGGAAACAUUGUCUCUUCUGCAGACCCCACACAACCUAUAUACCGUUUCAGCCAGGCUGACUUGAGGGAUAAGAAGGUUUUGUUUGUCCACCAUGGGGCAGAUCGCGAGCGAUUCCAACUUCAAGUAUCUGAUGGUUUACACAAGACCACAGCUGUACUGCAAGUGCAAGCAGGUGAUCCUUAUCUACACAUAACCAACAAUAACAUGAUGGUCAUGGACCACGGCAGCACCAAGAUGCUGAACACCAGUCUGCUAAGUGCAGAAACCAAUAUGGACAUUAGAAGUGCAGAUGAGAUCAUUUUUGAUGUGAUUUCUCCUCCCAGUGAUGGCCAGAUCAUAGUCAGUGGACUUGAAUCUUCAUCAUUUACACAGGAAGACCUGACUAAGGGUGUGAUCUCUUAUGAACACAGUGACCAGAGCCUUAGCUUGAAAGAUUCCUUUACCUUCAAUGUGCAAGCUAAUGGCCUGUCCACAGAAGAAACUUUCAGGAUUAAGAUAUUCAAGAAAGGCUACCCAUCAGAGUCGAUGAUUUCAUCAACUAAGGUGAUCAUUGCUUAUGAAGGGGAGCACUCUGUUAUUGACCAAACCCACCUGAAGGUGGAGCAGACAGACAUCCUACCCAAAGAGAUGGUGUACUCUGUCAAAGACUUCCCUCGCCUUGGUCACGUGGUCAAACUCAACAACGACUCGGACAGCACCGCGUCUCCCGUCCUGGACUAUAUUCAUUCCUUCACACAGGAGGACAUCAACCGGGGCAGGAUCCUUUACGUCUCCGCUUCCCUGCAGGGUCGUGACCACUUCACCGCAGACGUCAGCAACGGCCUGACCACCAUUGAAGACCUGGAGGUGCAGGUGGACAUCGUUCCCCGAAUCAUACCUGUCCAGGUGGUCAAUCUGACGGUAAGGGAAGGCGGAUCGGUGCCGCUGACCCAAGACGUGCUCAAUAUCACACACCCUUACUACCGCUCCGUCGGCAUUGUGUUUGUUAUGGAGGAAGAACCUGAGCAUGGAGAUAUCAGGUUUCAGGAUGAAGAUGAUCCGCUUGUCAGCUUCACCUGGGAGGAUGUCCAGCAGGGUCUGGUGCUUUAUUACCAUGACAGCAGCGAGACCACAGAGGACAGUUUCACACUGACGGCCUCAGCUUUCGACAUCAACCGCAGAAGCCCAUCUUUGACCGUCGGCAUCACCGUCCUGCCUGUCAAUGAUGAGCCGCCCAGAGUCCAGCGCAACACUGGCAUGGAGCUGCUAGCUGGUGAGACGUCUGAAAUCACCGCCAAUAUGCUGAGCAGCGACGAUGUGGACACGACACCGGACCAGCUGUUUUACUCCAUCGAGAUGCGCAGCAAUGGGAUCGUAGCCUUUAAAGUGUCUCCGGAUGACAGCGUGGACAGUUUCACGCAGGCUCAGAUUAAUAAUGGAGAGGUUUUAUUCAUUCAUCAGGGCUCAGAAUCUGGUGGCUUCAGCUUCACCGUGACUGAUGGAGAACACACUUCACCUCUCUACCGCUUCACUGUCAAAGCACGACAGCUCACCAUCACCAUGGAAACGAAGGGUGAACUCAUGGUUUUCCCAGGCACCAGGCAGGUGAUCAGUGGAGAUAUUUUGCGGGCUAUAACAAGUGAAGACGGUGAUGAAAUCACAUACUCACUAGUGAAACCUCCUCGUUUGGGACGUAUGAUCAAACCUAACCAGCGUGGACAGUUUGAGGAGAUCACCAGAUUCACACAGACUGAGUUGGAUGCCGGUGCUGUGUAUUAUGAGCAUCAGAUGCCAUCCAAGCCCUUCUGGGUUCUGAAAGAUUCUGUUGAGCUGGUCCUCAAAUCACCUCCAGCAAUAGAGCUGCGCCACAGCCUGCCGGUCACUGUCUCAUACUACGCAGCCAAUCGAAAUGUGUCAUCCCAGCUCUGGAAGAACAAAGGUGUAUCUGUGGUGCAGGGUCAGUCUAAAGUGAUUGACAGCUCUGUUUUGGACGCCUCAAAUCUGCUUGCUAGCUUGCCUGAGCAAAAGCGGGCAGGACAAGACAUUGUCUACGAAGUCCGUCGGUUUCCAGUUCAUGGACGACUCUCACUUGGAGGGUCUGAUCUGCCACGUGAUGCUCCUCGAUUCAUUCAGGAAGAUGUGGCACGCGGGGAUCUUGAGUACCAUCACGAUGACUCCGGAGCAUCUUCAGAUAGCUUCUCUUUCCGUGUCCAUCUGAACCCCAGUGGUCACACACCGCAAGUCCAGCCUGGUGCCGUGGUUCUGGAGGAAAUCUUCCUGAUCUCCCUCAGACGGCGAGACUCAAACCCGCCAGAACUCGCAAGCUUGGACCUGCUUCUGGAAGCACUGCAGGGCUCCACGACUAUCAUUUCAAAAAACUACCUCAACACAGUCGACCAAGACAGCACGCCAGACGAAGUCCAGUUCACCAUCUCCAAGAGUCCUGCUAAUGGAUAUCUCAUCUACACAGACACAGGAGACCGAAUCAACAAGUUCAGCCAGGAAGACAUUAACUCUGGACGGGUGGCUUUUGUCAGCGACGGAAGUCUGUCUGAUGGUUUUAUGGAGUUUACAGUGUCAGAUGGGAAACACCAAACAGACCCUAACACGCUGCAUAUUGGAAUCCUGGCCAAAUCCCUAAUACUGAAGAAAGCUCCAGAGAUCCAGGUAAAACAGGGUGAUGAUGAGACACUAAUCACUGAGGACAUGUUGAACGCUUCUACUGGAGGUCCCGUUGAAGAGGAGGUACUUUAUAAAAUAACCAACGUGCCAAAAUAUGCUGCUGUAAUGGUGGACAGACAGCCAACCUCAGCUUUCACACAGAAGCAAAUCAAGCAGGGAAGAGUAAGUGUUCGAUUUGUGAAGUCCACCUCCCCACGAGACAGUGUGGCCUUUGUAGCUCGAAGCAGGGCAGCAAAUGUAUCCUCAGUCCUCAACAUUACUGUAAAACCACUGGCAAAGGUGGCACAGAAUCCCCUGCUACCCAGAGGUGCUACUGUGCUCGUAGACAGAAAGUUGUUGGACGCUACUCCUCUGGCCAACAAAACCAGAACAUCCCCGACCUUCAGCAUGAUCCAACAACCGCAAGGAGCUCGGUUCAUCAAGAGGGGUGGACAAGAUGAUGGACAACCGGUGAGCUCCUUCACUCAGCGAGAUCUGGAUGAAGGCUUGGUAGCUCUGGAGAUCUUAAACACAACUGGGGGCCAAAAUGUUGGAGGUCAAAGUCAAGAUGAAGCACGGUUUCUUCUAAAGGCACAUGGCGUACCUCCUGCAGAAUGUGUCUUGCCCUUUCAUGUGGUUCCUUAUGAUCCUUCCAAAGUUUAUGGAGCCACAUUGCUCAAGGUGCCACCGGUGUCUGUUUCUGACAGGAAUGAAGCAGGUCAACCUGAGCCCCGGUGGAGGGGAGAUGGUGACAGGGCUUCUGGAAGCACUUCAGCAACUCCUGUGGUAUCUAGAAGGAAUACUCUGUGGGCUAUCCUUAUUCCCAUCCUUGUCAUCCUCCUACUUGUGCUCCUGGCUGGACUGUUGGCAUAUUACCUGGUCCGACGCAACAAAACUGGUAAACACAAUGUCCAGACAGUGGCAGCCAAGCCGAAGAAUGGUGAAAUGAGUCAGGAAACUUUCAGGAAAACUGAUCCUGCAAACAACAUCCCCAUGUCAAACAUGGACUCCAAAGGAGCAGAUCCUGAGUUAAUACAGCACUGUCGGACAACAAACCCAGCACUGAAAAAGAACCAGUACUGGGUUUGAAAUUGGGAGGUGACCGGACACUUAUGAGUUUCAAGGCCUUGAAUCAUUCCAGUCAGUGUUAUACUGUUUUUGCCAUUACUGAUGCUUAUGAAUUGAAGAUCAGCACUAAUUUGAGUGUAGGGUUUAUUAGAUGGCAGAACCAGAUCUCUCUGUUUAUGCUGAUGCUCUAAUAGUCACAUGGUCAUUUCUCAGCUGAGGUGGAAGCAACUUUUAAGGUAAUUUUGGACAAAAACAUAACAUGAUAUGUUUGAACAAUCCCUUGUAUGUAUGUUUAGGUAGUAAAUGGUUUAAGAUCUUGUUUUUCAGUAUUUUGUAAGUUUAUGUUUUGUGUUUUUGUGUCGCUUUUAAACACCAAUCAAUAUAUGUGCCUUUUUUUCCAGCAGCCUGUUUUCUUUUGUGAUACAUUGUGUGAUUUUCAAUUGUGCUGACAAUUUGGUGCCUUUGUCAUCUGUUGUUUAAAUGAAAAUUUUCUGUACAAAGCAAGUUAAGCUCUGUAGACAGCAUUUGUUUUACAGUAUUGAUUACCUGAGAAAAUAACAAACAGAACUAAGUCUAUGGGGUAAGUCAUUGCACUGGGAUAUCAAAAUACCUUUGCACUGGGUAGUUAUAGGAACUUUUUUUUCUGGGGGUGUUGUCCUGGUUGCACUCCCACCUACACUGAAAAAGCAAUCAGUUAGACUAGGGGUGUCAAACUCCUGGGGGGCUGCAGCCGUGCACAGUUUAGUUCCAACCCUGCUCCAAUACACUUACCUGGAGAUUUAAAACAAGCCUGAAAGACUCAAUUAGUUUGUUCAGGUGUGUUUAAUUAGGAUUAAAGCUAAACUGUGCAGAGCUGUGGCCCUCCAGGAACUGAGUUUGACACCUGUAAGCUAGACCCAUCUAUAGGGGCUGUAGCACCAGGUAGUCAUGUGAACUCAGUUAUAGGAACUAGCCACCAGGCCAGAUCCUGAGAACAAAAACUUUCCCACUGCCAUUUACCAUUUGUUUUCCCAUCUUUACUUUAAAAAAAAAAACAAAGCAUAUCUAUAGGGGCUUUCAACUGGGUAGUUAUAGGAGCUCAGUUAUAGGAACUAGCCACCAGGCCAGAUCCUGAGAACAAAAACAUUCCCACUGGCCAUUUUCCAGUUGAAUUCCCAUAUUCACUUUAAAAACAACUAACAAAGCAUAUCUAUAUGGUCUUUCAACUGGGUAGUUAUAGGAGCUCAGUUAUAGGAGCUAAAAACCAGGCUCCCUCGGUACAAAUUUUAAUCACUAGCCAUUUUCCAGUUGGAUUCACAUGUUCACUUUAAAAGCAACCAAGCAAGCAUAUCUAUAGGGGCUUUCAACUGGGUGGUUAUAGGAACUAGCCACCAGGCUACAUCCUGAGAACAACAACUUUCCCACUGGCCAUUUUUCAGUUGUAUUCCCAUCUUCACUUUAAAAACAACCAACCAAGCAUAUCUAUAGGGGCUUUCAUCUGGGUAGUUAUAGGAACUCAGUUAAUGGAACUACCAACCAGGCUCCCUGAAAACAUUUAUCCCCACUGGCCAUUUUCCAGUUGGAUUCCCUGGACACGAAACCAACCAAGCCUUUCUAUAGGUGCGUUCAGCUUGGUAGAUAUAGGAACUAAGUUAUAGGAACUACCCACCAGGCCACUUCCUGAGAACAAAGUUUUUCCACUGGUCAUUUUCCAGUUGUAAUUCCAUCUUCACUUUACAAAACAACCAACCAAGCAUAUCUAAAGGAGCUUUCCACUGGGUAGUUAUAGGAACUCAGUUAUGGGAACUGGCCACCAGGCGACUUCCUGAGAACAAAUACUUUCCCACUGCCAUUUACCAUUUGUUUUCCCAUCUUUACUUUAAAAAAAACAAAGCAUAUCUAUAGGGGCUUUCAACUGGGUAGUUAUAGGAACUCAGUAAUAGGACCUACCAACCAGGCCACUUUCUGAGAACAAAAGGUUUCCCCCAUGGCCAUUUUUCAGUUGAAUUCCCAUCUUCACUUAAAAAACAACCAACCAAGCAUAUCUGUAGGGCCUUUUUAACUGAGUAGUUAUAGGAACUCAGUUAUAGGAACUACCCUCCAGGCCACUUCCUGAGAACAAAUUCUUUCCCAUUGGCCAUUUUCAAGUUGUAUUCCAAUCUUCACUUUAGAAACAACCAACCAGGCCUAUAUAUAGGGGCUUUCAACUGGCUAGUUAUAGGAACUACCCACCUGGCCACUUUCUGAGAACAAAUUUUUUUCCCACUGGCCAUUUCCAGUUGUAUUCCCAUCUUCCUUAGACACAAAAACAAACAAACCUAUCUAUAGGUGCAUUCAAAUUAGUAGUUAUAGAAACUACAUUUAUAGGAACUACCUUCGAACUAGGCCACAAGACCAUUUUCUGUCAACCAGAGCAGCACAUUUCAGAUUUGAAACCCUCUGGAAUGCAUUACCCCAUAGACUCCCUUAUGCAAAUUAGGAACUUAUUUUCUGUAGUAAUUGACAGCAUAAUAGUCAUAAAAGCCAUAAACUGAAAGUAAAUAUAUUUUUUAUUUUAUUAUUAUUAUUUUUAAUGUGUAUGAUGUAAGCUACGUAGUUUUGGGGCACUCGUUGGUGGCUCUACUCUGUUUCAAAACAUAGGUAGAUUUAAAAAAGGUGGAAAAUGCCGGCAACAACACUGAAGUUGAAACCAAUAACAUUGCAUAUGUGGGGAAGUCAGAAGAUAUCAGUGUUGUUUCUUUAGGAGUCUUAUUCUUUGUGCUUCAGAGUUCAGAAACCACAAUUCUCUGCUGACCUCUAGUGGUAAGGCAGAGUAUUACAAAUCAGGCUUUGUGAAUAGAGAACAGUUUAAUGAAAUUUUAAACAUACUCUGCCUUAGUUUUGUCAGAUUUUUAUUACUAGCACCUCGUGCCUGUUUAAAAAGUAUAAUUUCACAGCCAAACCUCUUACUUUUGACACAAAAAGAGCAGUGAAAUUGCGUGUAAAUGAGAAUUCAUGUUUACUAAUCGUCAUACAAGUGUGCUUAAGUAAACCAAGCAGCCUUACCAGGAGCUUUUAGUAAUUUUUUUAGUAAUCUAUCUUUUCUACAUCGUCUGUCGUGUUCGUUUUGUCCGUCAAAUGCUUUCAUCCACUGCACUGAUUACAGGCACUGAAGAACUGUAAAGUUUUUCCUCCAGAACUGCAGCCACGGACAGGACAUGAGUCAGCGGGGGCUGUUUUCACGCCGCGUUCCGAUUGGCUGCAGAGAAGAUAUGAGGUCAUUAAUCCUCAGGCUGCGGCGACUAUUUUUUCCAGAGCUCUUGUGUGAGCGCACUUCAAAACAUUUUGUUUAAGGUUUAAUUCAACGAAAUCAAGUCAAGUUGUGGCAUGGAUGGAUGAAAGCAUGUCUGAGCAUUCACGUUUAUGUCUAGGGUUUACAGAAAUCUCUGCCUUUUGAGAAGAAUAAAGCAUUUCUGCAGAAGGAAAGUGGGUUGAGCUGACGGAAAAAAAUUGAAAAUACUAAAUACAGGUGGAGUCAGAAUUAUUAGCCCCCCUUUUGAUUUAUUUUAUUUUUUUAUAAUUCCCAAAUUAUGUUUAACAGAGCAAGGAAAUUUUUACAGUAUGUCUGAUAAUAUUUUUUCUUCUAGAGAAAGUCUUAUUUGUUUUAUUUCGGCUAGAAUAAAAGCAGUUUUUAAUUUUUUAAACCCAUUUUAAGGUCUAAAUUAUUAGUCCUUUUAAGCUAUUUUUUCCCGCUAGUCUACAGAACAAACCAUCGUUAUACAAUAACUUGCCUAAUUACCCUAACCUGCCUAGUUAACCUAAUUAACCUAGUUAAGCCUUUAAAUGUCACUUUAAGCUGUAUAGAAGUGUCUUGAAUAAUAUCUAGUCAAAUAUUAUUUACUGCCAUCAUGGCAAGGAUAAAUUAAAUCAGUUAUUAGAGAUGAGUUAUUAAAACUAUUUUGUUUAGAAAUGGGUUAAAAAAAAUCUGCUCUCCGUUAAACAGAAACUGGGGGUAAAAAUAAACAGGGGGGCUAAUAAUUCUGACUUCAACUGUAUGUCAUUAUAAACCACUAUGACUUUCUUCCUUCAUAAUGUCGUCACUGUAACUUGAUAUACUUUUAUGGUACUUUUCAAAUAUGCAUUUAAAGAGCAGCCUGAACAUUUUUCUAAAUAUCUCUUUUUGUGUUCCUUGGAGGAUAGAAAGUCAUACGGGUUUGGAAUAAAUAGAGGUUUCAUUUGUAAUUUUUUUAAGCCAAUGUUUACAGAAAGACUGCCCACUUUUUCGCUCUAGAUUGCAUUUAAUCUUGUAUAAUUGGAUGUUUUAAUCAGUUGUUGUUUUCUUUCUGACAAUAGAGACGUUUCUUAUAAUCAUAGACCAACUCCUGCUUAUCAUUCCAGAGUUUAGUUUUAGAGACACGAUCGAUUCCCACAGUACUGCAUAUUGAAUUUAUAUCACUGUAGUUCUGAUUUUUCCCUUUAUUAAUAUUAACUGCAUAUAUCCUGCGGUUCGAUAUCUCAUCUGAAACCUCUCAGGAUGUUUGUGUUUGUGUUUCUGCAGGGCAGAAUUGAGAUCACAUGAAAACUCAGGACAUCAAUGGUGUUUGUUCUCCGGGUAUUUAUACCAAUAUAUCAACCUUAUACCUAAAAACCAUGUACAAAACCCGCAGUUAUCUUCUUUGUUUUGUCCUUGGGUCGGUUUGCUUGUAAAUAUGUUGUGGAAUCACAUAAACCUGUCAUAAGAAUCAAAAUGCACUUUGCUCCAGCUCUUUGAAGGUUUCCUUUGUGGGUGAGAGUGUUCAUUUCCAGUGUUAUAAUUUAUUUUUAGCAUCUAUAUUCGGUUUAGGAUUUGCUCUUUUAAAUUUGUGAACAUGCAUUUCAUUCUGUUCCUAUAGAAAAAAAUAAUAAUAUGUCAACAACUUCAAAUAAAAAGUAAAUAAAAAUGUC